CACCAACCUUGACUAGGAAAUCUUGCUAAAUAUAUUGUUUGACGUGUAGUUCAGUAAAGAUGUCUGCCGUUUUUUGCUGAGAGAAAGGAUAGCAUUGUGAAAUUGUGAUUAUUUAUUAGUAUUGUGGCGUAAUUCAGUAGUGAUUGUUUAGUUUGAGACGAUUUUUUAUAUACUAUAAUAAAAUGGGACGAUCUCGGUCACGAAGUCGAUCUCCUCGCAAACAUCAUAAAAAUAAAUACCAUAAACGUAGUAAAUCUAGAGAUAGGGCAGACAGAAGUUCAAGAUCUCGUGGAAAAAGUCUGAGCAAUAGUCGUAGAAGUGUAGAAAUUAUUAAGGAAAGAACUGUGAAAAUAAGAAGAAGGUCUGAUUCAGCAUCUAGUUCAGCCAGUGAAGUUUCUAUCGAUCUCACUAAAGAUAAGCAUCAUAAGAAAUCCUCACGUUCACGAAAAAUGGACGAAGUUGAUAGACUUGCUGAAAUGGAAAGACAAAGACGCCAACGAGAAGCAGAACAGCGAUUGGUAGAAGAAGAAACAGCAAAAAGAAUAGAGGAAUUAGUUAAUAAGCGUGUACAGGAUGAAUUAGAAAAACGUAAAGAUGAAAUUGAAAGAGAAGUUGCAAAACGUGUUGAAGAAGCUAAAAGAAUAAUGGAGAAACAAAUGAUGGAAGAAAUGGAAAGGCGAAGACAGAAGCAAUUACUUGAAGAGAAGCAAAGAGAGGAGGAGGAACGUAAGAAAAGGGAAGAGCUGGAGAGAAUAAUGGAGGAGAACAACAGGAAAAUCGAAGAAGCUCAAAGAAAACUAGCAGAAGAAAGGCUAGCGAUGGUUGAAGAGCAACGUAGAAUGGACGAAGAAAGACAAAAACUCCAGAAAGAACAAGAGAGGCGGUUAAAAGAAGAACAGAAAAAGAUCUUAGGAAAAAAUAAUUCGCGACCCAAAUUGUCGUUUUCCUUAAAACAAGCGCUUUAACAUUUAAUCUAAGGGACCAA